UUGUCUUUGACUCAAAUUUUACAAGUUAGGACUAUGAAGAAGUUAAAGACUGCAGAAAAUAAGCAAACAUCAGAAAGUAUUGUGACUAUUCUUUAAGUUGCAAGCAUGGCUGAUGUCCAAGGCUACUGGUUAAUUGGCCUAGCUUCUAGCAUAUUUAUCUGGUUUCUAUUCAGAAAUAGAACGAAUUCUCGCCUUCCUCCAAGCCCCUUUUCUUUGCCAAUUAUCGGUCACCUGCACCUUCUUGGUCCAAUUCCUCACCAGGCACUUCACAAGCUUUCAAACCGCUAUGGACCUUUGAUCCACAUAAUGCUCGGUUCUGUGCCUUUUCUUGUAGUUUCAUCACCUGAAAUGGCCAAAAUUUUCCUAAAAACUCAUGAAAUAUCCUUUUUAAAUCGACCACAAGCAGCUAUAGUAGACUACUUGACUUACGGCUCGAAAGACUUCAUUUUUGCCCCUUAUGGACCUUAUUGGAAGUUCAUGAAGAAAAUAAUCAUGUCUGACCUCCUUGGUGGUCGAACGCUGGACCUGCUUUUUCCUGUAAGACACGAUGAAAUAAAACGUUUUGUUAUGUUAUUGUUACAGAAGGCCAAAGCAGGGGAGGAAACAGAUGUAGAAGCUGAGCUUUUGAGGGUCACAAAUAAUGUAAUUUCAAGAAUGAUAAUGAGAGAAAGGUGUUCCGAAAAUCAAAAUGAAGCUGGGAGUGUAAAGAAGCUGAUUCAAGAUAUAGCUGAACUCAGUGGGAAAUUUAAUCUGUCAGAUUAUAUUUGGUUUUGCAAGAACUUGGAUUUGCAAGGUUUCAGAACGAGGAUUAAGGAUGUUAGUGGCAGGUUCGAUCAGAUGAUGGAGAGGAUCAUCAAUGAACACCAAGAAGCAAGGAGGAUGAGAGAUCAAAGCAAUGAUGGAAGUGAAUUCGUGAAAGAUCUUCUUGAUAUUCUUCUCGAUAUAGCAGAUGAUGAACACGCGGAGAUGAGACUGACAAGAGAGAACAUCAAAGCUUUCAUCCUUGACAUAUUUGCUGCUGGCACUGAUACCUCAGCAAUCACAACAGAGUGGGCACUAUCAGAGCUGAUUAACCAUCCAAGCAUUAUGCAGAAAGCAGUACAGGAAAUUGAUAUUGUCAUUGGAAAGAACCGACUUGUCAAAGAAUCAGACAUCACAAACCUCCCAUACCUUCAAGCCAUAGUUAAAGAAACUCUCAGAUUACAUCCUACUAGUCCUAUAAUUGGUAGAGAAUCAAGUGAAGACUGUUCCAUUGAAGGCUAUCAUAUACCGGCAAAAACUAGAGUAUUUGUCAAUGUUUGGUCUAUUAAUAGGGAUCCAAAUUAUUGGGAAGAUCCACUUGAGUUUAAACCAGAAAGAUUUCUUAGCGACGAAAGAGGUCAUCAGUUGGAUGUCAGGGGACAACACUAUCAGUUUCUGCCAUUUGGAAGCGGGCGAAGAAGCUGCCCUGGAACUUCUUUAGCAUUGCAAGUUGUUCAGACAAGCCUUGCUGUCAUGAUUCAGUGUUUUGAAUGGAAGGUUAGUGGUGGAGUGAAUGGUAAAGUGGACAUGGCAGAGGGAACUGGUCUCACUCUUCCUAGAGCUCAUCCUUUACUUUGUAUUCCAGUGGCUAGGCUUAAUCCAUUUCCAUCUAUGUAAAACUUGACGAUUAGUAUUUACAUUAAACAAACACCUUAUAUCGAGAAUGGUUAACAAUAUGAUUAGUUU